GGCUGAUUAUGCAGCCAAGAAGUCUUUUAAUUAGCAGAGAUAGUAAAAAUAGUCUGGAAGUAAUUAUAAUUUAAUUGAAGGAAAAGGUAAUACCUGUGUUCUUCUGUUCAAGUGAAAGUAACUAUGACCCUGAGGUAGAUACAAAUUGAAAUGAAAUGAAAUAAAAGCUGAACCUGUUAAUUUGCCGCCCCUGACUAUAUCCAAUUUAGGUUUGAUUCGGUUAUAAAACAUUCAGAAGAUUUUCAAUUCGGAUUUUAAUCAGAGUUGGCAGGACAAGAAUAUUGCCUGGAAACAAGAAUGUUGCUUUCUGUUGGAUAUUUCUUGACCUGCGCCCUGUUACUAGCCACUGUCCACUGCUACCAUGAAUUCAUCAGCCAUAUCCCAAGUGGAGAUAGUGUGACCCACCCAUGUGAGCCAAGUCAACCGUGGCACGGAGUAGGUCACUACAACCCCCAGGGAGGAGGACAUCUUAAUCCAUUCGGCCACGACUUUCAAGCCGCAGGGCGACAGUGGACACAAGAGCUUUGCUGGCAUGACUCUGACGGAGAUGGUCUAACAAACGGAUUCGAACUUGGCGAUCCUUACUGUCAAUGGCACCAAGGCUUACAGCCAACAUGGACAGGCAACGUCACACAUCCAGGUAUUCACAAUGUUGAAGGAUGUUUUCCAAGAGCACGCCAAGCUGUUCAUUAGACAGAACUCGUUGACACAACAAAAACAACAACAACCCAAUAUUAAAUCAAUAAACAUUUGAUCUGGAAA